UUACUUAUCUAUUUUGUAAGAUAAAAAAAUGAUAUAAUAGAAAAAAUAAUAUAGGAAAAUAGAAGAUUUUUUAAACUCUUCUCUUUAAUCUCAUACAGUUCUCCAUAUUCAUCUUGAUGAAAAUUAAAUUAGUGAUGAAAGUGUAUUAGGAUUAGGUUCUGCUUUAAGAAAAUGCACUAAUCUCAUAAAUUUGGAGCUUUAUCUCUCUGGAAAUUAAAUUAGUACAAUUGGUUUAUAUGGUUUAGGUUCUGGUUUAGGAAACUGCACUAAUCUCUCAAAUUUUUUAAUUCUUCUAAAUGGAAAUAAAAUUGGUGAUGAAGAAGCAAUAUGUUUUGGUUUGUUUUUAGUAAAUUGCACUAGUCUCUCAAGUUUAACACUUGAAUUUAUGGACAAUUAAAUAAGUUAAAAAGGUGUAUCUGGCAUCAGUUCUGCUUUAGGAAAUAUAAUUAAUCUCUCAAAUUUAAAACUUGAAUUCAGUUACAAUUUAAUUGGUACAAAUGGGGCAUCAGACUUAGGUUUUAAUUUAGCAAAGUGCACUAAUCUCACAAAUUUGACACUUAAUCUUUGCUAGAAUUAUAUUGGCGAUGAAGGUGUAUUAGGUUUAGGUUCUGGUUUAGGUAAGUGUGCUAAUCUCUCAAAUUUGAUACUUGAUAUUUCUACCAAUUAAAUUGGCGAAAUUGGGGCAUCAGGUUUUGGUACUGCCUUAGUAAACUGCACUAAUAUAUCAAAUAUGGUACUUUAUAUCUAUUCCAAUAAUAUUGGUGAUGUUGGUGUAUCAGGCUUAGGUUUUGGUUUAGGAAAGUGCACUAACCUCUCAAAUUUGAUACUUAAUAUUAGUGGAAAUAAUAUUAGUUAUAAAGGAGCAGUAGACUUAAGUUCUGCUUUAGCAAAGUGCACUAAUCUCAAAAAUUUGGAAAUUGAUCUCUACUUUAACAAAAUCAGUAGUUUCGAAAAAUUCAAACUUAAAACCAAAUAUCUUAAACCAAAAAGAUUAGUUGCCUAUAAACAUUUAUGAUAAUAAAUAAAUGAUUAAAAUAGGAUUAAUAAAUAUAAAAAUAUUUGAAUAUUAGAAUAUAAACUACAUUAUUUUA